CGACUACGUAUUCGAUUCCAGGCGUGAACGCACGUGCCGCGGCGGUUCGAGUCCCGGCGAGGUCUUCGGUGUUUUGAGCGUUUUCCGCUCGUGGUGGUUUUGGUGCUUCUGCUUCUGGUGCUUCUGCUGUUUUUGGUGCUUCUGCUGCGUGUUUCGUGUCUGUGUGUGCUUCUAUUUCUGUGCAAUGUCCUCCUCUGCUGCACCUGAGGCCCCCCAGGACCAGAACUUGUUGACUCCCUACAUCAAGUCCUUGUUGCUUGAGCCUCCCAACCUCACGCCCAGCGACUUGAGCGUUGUGUUGAAGUUGAUCAUCCAGGGCUACUCCAAUGACUGCCAGGUCUCGUCCUUCUUGACUGCCUUAAAGAUCAGGAAGCUCGACCAGCAGCCCCAGUACAUCAGUGCUGCUGCCAGAACCAUGUUGGAGUUCUCGCACUUGCUUCCUCUCCUGGUCUUGCCCCAAGAUGACUCACUCCGCUACCUCGACAUUGUGGGCACUGGUGGUGAUGGCAAAAAUACCUUUAACGUCUCCACCUCAAGCGCCAUCAUUGCUGCUGGAAUCCAGAACUUGAAGGUGGUCAAGCAUGGUGGUAAGGCCUCCUCCUCAUCGGUUGGCUCUGGCGACUUGAUCGCCCAGUUGGGUAUCAAUGUCAGCAAUAUAAACCUCAAUUCACUCCCAGAUCUAAUCAAUGAUCCCAGCAUUAACUUCAUUUUCCUUUUUGCCCCCAUUUUCCACCCAAUUAUGAAAAACUUGGUCGAUUUAAGAAAAAAUUUAAAUAUUCCCACUAUUUUUAAUAUCUUGGGGCCACUAAUCAAUCCGUUUCCAAAAAUCACUUCAAGAAUUAUCGGUGUCAAUAAUGAAGCCUUAGGCCCAAUUUUUGCCAACACCUGCAAUCUAAUUGACCGUUCCUUAGACAAUAACAAUACCAACACAAUGAUUGUUUAUGGAGAGAUUGGCUUGGACGAAAUAUCUCCCCAGGGAAAGACCAAAAUUUGGUUAACCAACUCGAGUAGCAGCAGCAACCCCACCGAAAACGAUAAUCGCAACGCAGACAGCUCCAACAAUCCUACCGGCAGCAACAUCAUCUGUAAAACCAUCUCCCCUGCUGACUUUGGCUUAAAAGAACACUCCAUCGACAACGUUAAAAGUGGUACGCCUGAAGAAAACGCUCGCUUCUUGAUCGAUCUUCUCAACAACAGAGUUCCCUUGGACACUAACCUUCCCUUGGUCGACUACAUCCUCAUGAACACUGCUGCCCUCUGUGUUGUUGCCGGCGUCGCUGAUGACUGGAAAAAGGGUGUGGAGUUGGCAAAGACCUCCAUUCUCUCAGGCAAUGCUUUGGCCAGUUUGACCAGUUUGGCUCACUCCACCAAUGCCUUCUGAACUGCGCUUCCCGAUUUAUCGGGUAUUUCCAACCACCACGUUUGUGUCUCGUGCUCUUUCUCCCGCUCUCUUGGGCCUUCUCAAAACGG